GGGCUGGGUGCCACCUGCGCCCGAGGAGCCAGUAGGGCCAGCUCAGGAUGAGGACGCGCUGGGCGACCCCUCGCUACGCGGCGGAGCUCCUCGCGCUACUCCUUCAGUGCUUCCAGCUGGCAGAGCCCUCUGGCCGCGCAGGUAACGAUCCAUUCACCAUCGUCCAUGAAAACACGGGAAAGUGCAUCAAGCCACUGAAUGACUGGAUAGUGGCAACGGAUUGUGACAAAACCGAGGACAUGUUGUGGAAGUGGGUGUCCCAGCAUCGGCUCUUCCAUUUGCAGACCCAGCAGUGUCUUGGCCUAGAUAUUUCCAAACCCGUGGACUCCUUAAGGAUGUUCAGCUGUAACUCCAGUGCCAUGCUGUGGUGGAAAUGUGAGCACUACUCUCUGUACGGAGCUGCCCAGUCCAGGUUGGCUCUGAGUGGUGGACAUGCCAUAGCAAGUACAAAUGCUUCUGACGUCUGGAAGAAAGGAGACUCAGGGGGAAACCUCUGUGACCAGCCUUACCGUGAGGUAUAUACCAGAGACGGAAACUCCUAUGGGAAACCUUGUGAAUUUCCAUUCUUAGUUGCUGGGACCUGGCAUCAUGAGUGCAUCCUUGAUGAAGAUCACAGUGGGCCAUGGUGUGCAACCACCUUAAACUAUGAAUAUGAUCAAAAGUGGGGUAUCUGCUUAAACCCAGAAAAUGGCUGUGAAGGUAAUUGGGAAAAGAAUGCGCAGACCGGAAGUUGCUACCAAUUUAAUACUCAGACAGCUCUUACUUGGAAAGAAGCUUAUGUUUCCUGUCAGAAUCAAGGGGCUGACUUACUGAGCAUCAGCAGUGGUGCUGAACUAACUUACCUUGAAGAAAAAGAAGGCAUUGCAAAAAUUUUCUGGAUUGGCUUAAAUCAGUUGUACUCUUCUAGUGGCUGGGAAUGGUCAGACCACAAGCCAUUAAACUUCCUCAACUGGGACCCAGAUAUGCCCAGUGCAUCUGGAAUAGGCGGGUCCAGCUGUGCAAUCAUGGACGCCACCUCUGGUCUGUGGCAGAGGCGUUCCUGUGAGGCUCAACUGCCCUACGUCUGUGAGAAAUCAUUAAAUACCACAGUGGAGUUAACAGAUGUGUGGACAUACUCAGAUACUCGCUGCGAUGCAGACUGGUUGCCGAAUAAUGGGUUUUGCUAUCUGCUGGCAAAUGAAAGUGAUUCCUGGGAUCUGGCACAUGCAAAAUGCAAAGCCUUCGGCAGUGACCUCAUCAGCAUUCAUUCUUUAGCAGAUGUGGAAGUGGUUGUGACAAAACUUCAUAAUGGGGAUGCCAAAGAAGAAACAUGGACAGGUCUUAAGAACAUAAACACACCAGCUUUAUUUCAGUGGUCAGAUGGUACCGAAGUUACUCUAACAUAUUGGGAUGAGAAUGAGCCCAGCAUUCCCUACAAUAAGACUCCCAACUGUGUUUCCUAUUUAGGAAAGCUAGGUCAGUGGAAAGUCCAGUCGUGUGAAGAGAAACGUAGAUAUGUAUGUAAGAAAAAGGGAGAAAAAAUGAGCGAUGCAAGUGCUGAUAAGAUGUGUCCUCCAGGUGAGGGCUGGAAGAGACACGGAGAAACCUGUUACAAGAUUUACAAGGAUGAGGUCCCUUUUGGAACCAACUGCAAUCUGACUAUAACUAGCAGAUUUGAGCAAGAAUUCCUGAAUGAUAUGAUUAAAAAGUAUACUAAAUCUACAGAAAAGUACUUCUGGAUUGGCCUGAGAGAUGUAGAUUCAAAUGGGGAGUACAGCUGGGCAAGUGUUGGUGGAGUAAAGCGGUCUGUAACCUUUUCCAACUGGAAUUUUCUUGAGCCAGCUUCUCCGGGCGGGUGCGUGGCUAUGACUACUGGAAAGUCUCCUGGGAAGUGGGAGGUAAAAGACUGCAGAAGCUUCAGAGCACUUUCCAUCUGCAAGACGGUCGGUGGGCCUGCUGAGCCUGAGGAGGCCGCCCCCAAGCCUGAAGACCCCUGUCCCGAAGGCUGGGAGAAUUUUCCCUCGGGGCUUUCUUGUUAUAAGUUAUUUCACAUAGAAAGAAUUAUAAGAAAGAGGAACUGGGAAGAAGCUGAAAGAUUCUGCCAAGCACUUGGAGGACACCUUCCUAGCUUCCUUCAUGUGGAGGAAAUAAAGGAAUUUCUUCACUUUUUAAUGAACCAUUUCAGCGGCGAGCGUUGGCUGUGGAUAGGUUUGAAUAAAAGGAGCCCCGAUUUACAAGGAUCGUGGCAAUGGAGUGAUCGAACACCAGUGUCUACCUUUCUGAUGGAAAAUGAGUUCCAGCAGGAUUACGAUGUCAGAGACUGUGCGGCUAUCAAGGUCAUGCAGAGGUACUGGCGAAGAAGCUGGCAUUACCAUUAUGACAGAGAAAAUAUUUAUUUAAAGCCUUUUGCUUGUGAUACAAAACUUGAAUGGGUGUGUCAGAUUCCAAAAGGGCGUACUCCAAAAACACCGGACUGGUACAACCCAGAACGAGCUGGAAUUCAUGGACCUCCAGUUGUAGUAGAUGGGAGUGAAUAUUGGUUUGUUGCUGAUCCUUACCUCAACUAUGAAGAAGCAGUCCUGUACUGUGCUAGCAAUCACAGCUCCCUGGCGACUUUGACAUCUUUUGCAGGAUUGAAAGCCAUCAAAAACAAAAUAGCAAAUAUAUCUGGUGAUGAACAGAAGUGGUGGGUGAGAACUCCUAAGCAGCCAAUAAUAGAUCGUCAUUAUAUGUACACACGACAUUCGUGGCAUCAUUUUCCAGUAACAUUUGGAGAGCAGUGUUUAUACUUAUCUGCCAAGACUUGGCUUCAUGACUUACAUAAACCAGCAGACUGUAAUACCAAGUUGCCAUUCAUCUGUGAAAAAUAUAAUGUAUCUUCAUUGGAGAAAUAUAGUCCAGAUUCUGCAGCUAAAAUUCAAUGCUCUGGGAGCUGGAUUACUUUUCAGAAUAAGUGUUUUCUAAAGAUUAAACCCAAGUCUCUCUCAUUUUCUGGAGCAAGCGACACUUGUCACACCUACGGUGGCACCCUUCCUACAGUGUUGAGCCAAAGAGAACAAGAUUUUAUUACAUCCUUGCUUCCGGAUAUGGAAGAUGACUUAUGGAUUGGUUUGCGCUGGACAGCCCAUGAAAGGAUAAAUAAAUGGAUAGAUAACAGAGAGUUGACAUACAGUAACUUUCACCCAUUCUUGGUUGGUCGAAGGCUGAGAAUACCAAAAGAUAUGUUUGAGGAAGAAUCCCACUACCACUGUGCCCUAAUGCUCAACCACCGAAAGUCACCUUUAACUGGGACAUGGAAUUUUACCUCCUGCAGUGAACAACACACUGUGUCUCUCUGCCAGAAAUACUCAGAAGUUGAAAACAGACAGACCUCACAGAAUACUUCCGAAACGGUCAAGUACCUAAAUAAUCUGUACAAAAUAAUCCGGAAGAGCCUGACUUGGUCAGAAGCGCUGAGGGAAUGCCAGAACGCGAAGAUGCGGCUGGUGAGCAUCACAGACCCGUACCAGCAGGCGUUCCUGACCGUGCAGGCGGUCCUGUACAACGCCUCGCUGUGGAUCGGCCUCUCCAGUCAAGAUGAUGAACUCAACUUUGUUUGGUCGGAUGGGAAACAUCUUCAGUUUAGUCGCUGGACUGAAAAUAAUGAGCAGCUGGAGGACUGUGUGUUUUUAGACACUGAUGGGUUCUGGAAAACAUCUGAUUGUGAUGCUUACCAACCAGGUGCUAUUUGCUACCAUUCAGGAGAUGAGAUUGAAAGAGAGGUCAACCCAGUUAACAGUGUUCGAUGUCCAUCUCCUGUUUUAAAUACUCCAUGGAUACCAUUUCAGAACUAUUGCUACAAUUUCAUGAUAGCAAAGAAUAGAUAUACGGCGGUGACCCAAGACGAUAUUCAUUCCAGAUGCCAAAAACUGAAUCCAAAAUCACAUAUUCUGAGUAUUCGAGAUGAAAAAGAGAAUAUCUUUGUUCUUGAGCAACUUCUGCAUUUUAAUUAUAUGGCAUCAUGGGUCGUGUUAGGUAUAAUUUAUGAAAAUAAUUCUCUUAUGUGGUCUGAUAAGACGAUGCUGUCAUAUAUGAACUGGAGAGAAGGAAGACCAGCUCUAAAAAAUGGCCAUUUUUUUGUUGGCUUGAGUACUGAUGGCUUCUGGGAUAUUAAAACCUUUAAUGUCAUUGAAGAAGUACUUCACUUUCAUCAGCACAGCAUUCUUGCUUGUAAAAUUGAAAUGGUUGACUACAAGGAAGAAUAUAAUACUACUCUGCCACAGUUUAUUCCAUAUAAAGAUGGUAUUUACAGCGUUAUUCAAAAAACAGUGACGUGGUAUGAAGCAGUCAACACGUGUGCUCAGAGGGGAGGCCAUCUGGCGAGUGUCCACGACCAGGACGGCCAGCUCUUCCUGGAGGAUGUCGCGAAGCGGGACGGAUUUCCGCUCUGGGUUGGGCUCUCGAGUCACGAUGGAACGGAAUCCGAUUUUGAGUGGUCUGAUGGCAGUGCACUUGACUACAUCCCAUGGAAAGACAAACAAUCUGCUGGCAAUUGUGUUCUCUUGGACCCAAAAGGAAUUUGGAAACAUGAAAAAUGCGACUCUUACAAGGAUGGCGCUAUUUGCUAUAAACCUACAAAACCUAAAGAGGCCGUCUCUCCGACGCGCUCAUCGAGGUGUCCCGCAGACGGCGGGAACGGGCCCCCGUGGGUCCAGUACAAGGGCCACUGCUAUGCACAUGACCAGGCAUUGUACAGUUUCUUGGAAGCCAGACAGUUUUGUUCAGAACUUGGCCAUUCUGCAACUAUUGUUACCAUAAAGGAUGAAGAUGAGAAUAAAUUCGUGAGCAGACUGAUGAGGGAAAAUAAUAAUAUCACCAUGAGAGUCUGGCUUGGAUUAUCUCAACAUCCUGCUGAUAAAUCUUGGUAUUGGUUAGAUGGACCAAAAGUGACAUUUGCCAGGUGGGCAAAUAAACGUAAGAGUGAUGGUGGAAAAUGUAGCAUUUUGUUAGCUUCAAAUGAAACUUGGAUAAAAGUUGAAUGUUCACAGGGCUAUGGGAGAGUUGUCUGCAAAGCUCCUUUGGGCUCUGAUUACAGAGGAGUAGCCAUCACAUUCGCCGUGCUGAGCGUCUUAGCUCUCGUGGGCGGGCUGGGCUGGUUCCUCUUCCAGCGGAGCCGUCUGCCCUGGACUGGCUUCUCCUCCGUUCGAUAUGAGCAAGGGGUCAAUGAAGAUGAAAUUAUGCUUCCUUCUUUCCAGGACUAAAUGCUUCUAAAUGUUUGCUCAUUUGCACUAACAUAUUAAAAAAAAAAAAAAUGAGCCAUUUAAAAUGUUCCCACUGUCAGUAUUUACUGUUCCCAAGUACAAGUCUUAAGCACUUUUUCAGUUGUUUAGUUGCUAUUCUGGUCUCCACAUUUAAUUAUUCAAAAAUGCCUUGUCUAUAACUCCACUUUAAAGAAUGGAAAGGGACUGAAGCUGAAAAUAAAGUCUAAAUUGUUUGUAGAGUAAUAAAGUUAAUGUGCAUUUUCUCUGUAAGAAUAUGGUUGGUACCUAGAAUACGUAUGUUUUAAUGACAUUUUAACACAAUGUCAUAUUGGCAUAUCAAUAAGUCACACACCUCCCUUUUAAUUUUUAUGAACAUCUGGCCAAAUGCAAAAUGAGUACCUCACGGUAAAAACAGAACUGUGAGUAAUAUCAACGUUGUUUUAAAAUGUCAUUUGUAAUAUUUGAGGGAAAUUAUUAAAUGAGAGGCAUGCUUUUUUAUUGUUGUUGUUAAUCCUCACCCAAGGAUAUUUUUUCCAUUAAUCUUGAGAGAGAGUGGGAAGGAGGGAGAGAGAAAGAGAAACAUCAACGUGAGACAGACACAUCAAUUGGUUGCCUCCUGCACAUGUCCAGACCAGGGCUGAGGAUUAAACCUGGGGUACGUGCUACUCCUUAAUUGGAAAUCGAACCUGCAACCCUUCAGUGAGUGGCUGACAUUCUAACCACUGAGCCACACC